UGGAAUGUUUAUGCUUGUAUAAGUUAUUAUAGUUUCCAAACCCGUGUGUACCUUUCGGUUAAACUUUUAACUACAUGAUUUUUUUAAAAAAAAGUUCUUUUAACUGUGGUCAAUUCUACAUUUAUCUCAUCAGCAUAUGCAGAAGGGUACACAGAAGAAUGUUAUAUUUUUUAAAAAAUUCUUUUAACUGUCAUCAAUUCUACAUUUAUCUCAUCAGCAUAUGCAGAAUGGUACACAAAAGAAUCACCUUAUUUGUCGAUUUUUUUUUUCUUGAACAUGGAAGAGAGCAGCGUAUAAUUGCAUAGAAGACACCACUCACACACUCGAUUUAUGUUGUCUUACAGAGUGCCAUGCAUAAGAUAUCUAUGUCUACUGAUUCAAACUUUUUUACAUCCAGCCCCCUUGAAGCUUUGCCAUCCAUACUGAAUGACAGUAAUGCCAUGAUAUCCUAAUUACAUAAUUGUGUAAAUUGCAAGUUAAUCUGUUAGGUUGCUUUCUGCUUUUUUAAUGUUACCAGCAUUGAAAUAAUAAAUGAAUGGACGAUUUGGUGGCAGAGAGAUAGGGUCGAUCUAGUUACGGCUUUACCCAUUUCUUUUUAUGCUAGCAUAUAUAAUAGAAGCAGCACUGACAUCAGUGUGGCUGAAGAAAGUGCUCCUGUGCGCAUCUCCAAUGUAUGGAUAUCUUUUUCACAGGUAAGCUUGUUCUUUCGGCAAAGCAUGCGCUUUGUCUUGCAAUGGCAUCUAACAAUGAGUUUCUUAUGUCUAAUUUUCGCUUAAUCCAGACGGAGAUAGCACCGAACUCAGGCUACCUGGCGCAUAGGAUCUAGGGUUGCUUCUACUGACUGUUUUUGUGGACAGAGCCGCGGACUAGCUAUUAUAUUGUCUAUGUUAGCUGAUGAAUGUUUCUGUUAGUCAGAUGCAACCCGCAAUGGUAGACAUACAUGACAGGGAAUCAUGUGUUUAAUGUUGGUUGCUUGUGGCUUGGCUUCAGUUGAGAAGUAUUGUGUGCCAUGGGAAGAUUUCUCUCAUGUGGUGUCUGUACUGAUUUUGGAUGGUGAGGUUUGUGUAUAAGCAACUUUUUCUUUCUUCCAGAGGCAAGGAUUCCAAAUGUUGAAAAUAGAUGUAUCUGGCUGAAACCAAUUGAAUCUUUCGAUGCAAAGUGGACAAAAAUUAGUUUCGCAGGGCAAGGGGGAAAAUGUGGAUGAGAAUAAGAGCAGGAGCAAAGGCAAUCAGAAAAGGUGUAAUGACAAGGAGGAACAAAGCAAGGUAUGUUGAACAUCUUUUACGGGCAAUUCUGGAUUUACCUCCAUCCUCAUUGGUGGUUAUGGAACCCAGCCAGACCCACAUGGGUGGAGUAAUGCAUUCAUCAUUUGGUAAUUAUCAUCUCAUGCUUUUGUUCUAGCAUGCAGUAUGUUUGUGCAAUUGUGCUUGUAGAACACAUUUGGAAGAACAAGGCUGGGUACUAAAGAGGAGAUACGAACGCUGCUCUGCUGGGCAUAUAAAUAGAUAGUAGGAAAGUGAACUCACAUUUGGAAGAAUUUUGCAACCUGUUUUCAGUACUCGCAUACAUCAUAAAAACUGGGGUCGGAGGAAGGAAAGCUGGAGUUGGUCAAUGCGGGCUAAAAUGUGCUGUGCCGUGUGGAUCGGGAUCCACAAGAAAGGUCACUGCACUGCAGAGUUCAUAGACGCUUGUGUGAGUGAGAUGCCAGCUGCCAGAGCAGAAAGAAUUCUGGUAUUGAGCAUUUGAGCCGAAGCAGAAGCACAUGGCAGGUUUCCUUGGGUGCAAGGCAAAGACAUGUGUCGAUGGGGUCACAUGAGCAUCCAGCAAGCAAUGCAAAGUGCAAGCAAAGUCCCGUGUCACUGGUAGUGGUAGACACCUACUCGACUCUACUCGAACAAGGCGGGCAUCUUCUCCUCUUUAUAAAGGAACGGGAGAAACUUCAGGCAGAGCGCCCCGCCUGAUCUGUCUCCACAGCUCCAGCUCCGGCAAGAUGACAGCUCAGUCACCGGCGUCGCUGCUGCUCUUCUCCAUGGGGCUUAUGCUCCUCUGCUUCACCUCAGGUGUCGCGGAUGCGCAGAAGACGUGGUGCGUCGCCAAGCCCUCGGCCUCCAACCAGGUCCUGCUGCUGAACCUCAACUACGCGUGCUCCCAGGUGAGCUGCGCCGUGAUCCAGAAGGGCGGGCCGUGCUACUACCCGGACAGCCUGGUGUCCCGCGCCGCCGUCGCCAUGAACCUCUACUACGCCGCCAACGGCAGGCACCCCUGGAAUUGCUACUUCAACAACUCGGCGCUCGUGGUGCGCUCCGAUCCCAGCUAUGGAUCCUGCACCUACUACUAGUAGAUGAUCGCCGGCUACUUCUCUUGCAACUGCUGUCUUGCAUUGUGUCCAACUUACUUUAGCUGAACGAAAACUGUGCAGUGCUGCUGCUGCAGCUGAUGCUUAGAGUGCCAUAACAUGCAUGAUCACCAGCUCAUAUAAUACAGUUUGAUUGGUUGGUUUCCGAUGA